AUGAGAGAUGGUGACGUCACCGUUACAAAAAAUCAUGAAGAAGUGAUGGCAGAAGCAAAAUUCUAUCUUCUUGAAGAACUUGUCAAAUUGUGCAAGCCAGUUCUGCCUUCUCGAGGAUUUAAAAUUUCGAUCAUCAAUGACGAACAACUAUUGCAAAUUCUUGCGGAAGAGCCGCUAAAGCCCGUUCUCCUAAUAUUAUACCGCUUCAACGAAAAAAUGUAUUUACCGGAGAAUACUCUUCUCUACGGCAUUGUUUUAUAUUUCUCCCCUAGAUUUGAAGUAUAUUUCAGGGAGUUUACAGGGAUAGUAACAAUUUUCAAAACUUUUUUUCAAAACUUUUGA